AUGUAUCACAAGAUAUACAUCGCAAAAAUAUCGCCAUAUCUUGAAGUAUUACGUAUCUCUUUAACAUCUGUUGGCAAAAAUCACUUGGGGAAGCGAUCUGAGAAAGCUGCGACGUUAAAUAUUAAAUUAAUCAUGUCGCAUGAAAGAAGCCAUGGAAACUUAUCGCCAGUACCCUAUGUUCUAGAUACAUCAAAUUCAAGUUCACAACUUUCUGAAGGAGGUGAUCAGAAUACGCUUUCUUCUUCUUCAAGUUCUCCGUCAUUGACAGCAGCACUUCGUAAUUUCGAGAUAAGCAAUAGUAAUUUCGAUGCGGAUAGCAGUGCAGCAAGGGGGAAUUCGAGAGAUGUUUUCAGUUAUUCUCAGGAUGAUUCGUCGACACAUAUGGAAUCUUAUAUGGAAUAUUUAGCCUUGCUAAAUCAUCGCCAUGCACAAGAAGCAAUGGAUGAAACCAGCGGUAUAGGAGAUUCCAGUGUCCAUAUAGCUACUAACGAAUCGUUAUCUUUAUUGACGAAUACUACUAAUUCUUUAUCAUUUGGCAUAAUAUCGUCAAUAAACGAUGAAAAUGGCGACCGUAAUGGUGAUGGCAGUAAUCGCGUAAAUGAAUCAGAGAACAAUAAUGACAUCACUAGCGGCUCAUCACCUCAAGUGAAUGAAUUCAGCGAUGUUGAGUUGGCACUGAUCCGAGAUUUGUACUCUCCAUCAGCAAGUGACACUGCUAGCAGUAGCGAGCGAAGGGAAAGUGCGCAGAGUGAAGAUCUUGUGAACAGCAUGGAUGAAACACCGAGACGCCGAACCUUUCGUAUGCCACAUCUACGCGGUCGAAAUAAUAGUAAUGAAUCAAAUUCUCCUGAGAGGCAUAAUGACGAUUUCCAGAACCGUACUCAUCAUGAUCCAUCUUCAUCCAUAAGGUUUUACCCACAGCCGUUGAAACUACCCACAUCAACUCGUUUGAAAAUCACGGUAGCUGCGUCAUGGAAAUGGACGGCCGGUGAUGAAACCUGUGGGAUUUGUCGAAUGCCAUUUGAGGCAUGCUGCAUUGAGUGUAAAACACCUGGUGAUGAAUGUCCCUUAGCAAUAGGGACAUGUAAGCAUGCGUUUCAUAUGCACUGCAUUGUGAAAUGGACUGAAACUCAAAAUGCAGCUCGACCGCAGUGUCCUUUAUGUAGGCAGGAAUGGAAAUUUGCACCUGGAUAA